AUGUCUGAUUUUGUUCAUAGAGUGGAAUCUGAAAUAAAGUCAGUGGUUUCUGACUCCGAAAGAGGAGUAAAUACAAAACUCCCCGAUGAAUACCCACACAUAUAUGAAGACUCGCAUGUGGUAAACCAACCACAUGACUUUGAAGCUGAACAAGAGUAUAACAACCACCAUCCUCAUUCAAAUUACUACGUACCGGCUUACAACGAGGAAGAAGUUGCUGUUCAAGAAUGGUUUCAAAAGGUAUUUGCUCACCCAUUAACUUUUAUCAAAAACUACUUGCUUUCAUUGUUCCCCAUUUUAAAAUGGAUCUUGCAUUACAACGGUAGGUGGUUGUAUGGAGACUUGGUUGCUGGUAUCACUGUUGGUAUUGUUUUGGUGCCCCAAUCUAUGUCUUAUGCUCAGUUGGCUGGAUUGGACCCACAGUACGGGUUGUACUCUUCGUUUGUUGGUGUGUUUAUCUAUUCCUUCUUUGCCACUUCGAAAGAUGUUUCCAUUGGUCCUGUCGCUGUUAUGUCCCUUCAAGUUUCAAAAGUCAUUGCUCAUGUUCAAGACAAGUAUGGAGAUCAGUAUGCUGCACCUGAAAUUGCUACAUUUUUGGCUUUAAUUUGUGGUGGUAUUGCAACCGGUAUCGGUGUUUUGAGAUUGGGAUUCAUUUUGGAAUUCAUUUCUGUUCCAGCAGUCAUGGGAUUCAUGACUGGAUCUGCUUUCAAUAUCAUUACUGGUCAAGUUCCAGGAUUGAUGGGUUACAACAAGUUGGUCAACACUAGAGAUAGUACUUACCAAGUUGUCAUCAAUACCUUGAAACAUUUACCAGAUACCAAAGUUGACGCUGCUUUUGGUUUGGUUUGUUUGUUCAUCUUGUAUGCUUGGAAGUUCAGUACAGAUCAUGCUCAAAAGAGAUGGCCUAAAUAUAAGAUGUACUUUUUUUACAUCCAACAGUUGAGAAAUGCAAUUGUUAUUGUUGUUGCCACUGCUAUUUCGUGGGGAGUUGUUCAUCCCCAAAAGGUUGCUUUCAAAGGUGACAAACUGAAAUACAAACCUCCAUUUAGUACUAUUGGUGAAGUUCCAAAGGGGCUUCAAAAUGUUGGUGUUUUCCACCCUCCUCAAGGUAUUAUUAGUGCUAUGGCUUCGGAGAUCCCAGUCUCCACUGUCAUUUUGUUGUUGGAACACAUUGCUAUUUCUAAAUCAUUUGGUAGAGUCAAUGACUACAAGGUUGUUCCUGAUCAAGAGGUGAUUGCCAUUGGUGUUAAUAACUUGAUUGGAACUUUUUUCAACGCUUACCCUGCCACUGGUUCGUUUUCGAGAUCUGCAUUGAAAGCAAAGUGUGGUGUUAGAACUCCAUUGGCUGGUAUCUUCACCGGGGCUGUUGUGUUGUUGGCGUUGUACUGUUUGACUGCAGCUUUCUACUACAUUCCAAAAGCAGUUUUGAGCGCGGUUAUUAUUCAUGCUGUGUCUGAUCUUAUUGCCAAUUACAAGAUUACUUGGUCAUUCUGGAAAAUCAGCCCAAUUGAUUGUGGAAUCUUUUUAAUUGCUGUUAUCUUGACCGUUUUCGUCACCAUUGAAGCUGGUAUUUACUUUGCCAUUGCAGCUUCAGUUGUUGUUUUGUUGUUUAGAAUUGCCAUCCCCCAUGGAUUGUUUUUGGGUAGAGUACAAGUUGCCGAACUUGUGAAUCCAAUUAUUGAUGACAGAAACACUUUUGAUGAAGGGUCAAACACCAGCACCAGUGACUCUUCUGAUGUUGAAAUCCACCAAGUUUUCUCAGGAGGCUCAAACUAUAGAGCAACCGAUGAUAAAGUAAAAGACAAGUCAGAAGUUGUUGAGCGUAGAACCACCACCAGAGAAUUGGCAAAGCAAAACCCAAGAAUCAAAUUCCAUACUCGUUGGGUACCAUUGAACCACAGAAAUAUCAACAGCGAUAUCCCAGUCACUCCACCACCACCUGGGGUCAUUGUGUUCAAACCAGUUGAAUCAUUUACUUAUCCUAAUGCGUCACGUCAGAUUGACAAAGUGUCGGAUGAAGCCAAGAGAAUCACAAAAAGAGCCAAGCCAUAUAGCUAUGCUGACACUGGAUCCAGGCCAUGGAACGACCCAGGUCCAUUGAAGUGGAACUUGCCAUUCUUGAGAAAAUACAAUAAGGAAGAAAAGAUUGAAGAAGAUACGCGUCCAAUCUUGCGUAUAGUGCACUUUGAUUUCUCCACCGUGUCUCAAAUCGAUAUCACUUCGGUACAAGCUUUGGUUGACUUGAGGAAAGCUUUGAACGCAUAUGCUGAUCGUGAAGUUGAAUUCCACUUUUCCGGUAUCUUGAGCCCGUGGAUCAGAAGAGCAUUGUUGAAUGCUGGGUUUGGUACUUAUGAAGAUGGCUUGACAUCAGCUAAUAACUAUGUCAACAUUGCUACAGGAUACACCGAUAUUGAGAAUGGUGCGGACGAGCAGUAUGUUGCUGCAGUUGGUACCAAUACGCCAUUUUUCCAUUUGGAUAUUCCAAACUAUGAAUAA